GUGCGCAUGCGCACACCUCGUUCUACUCGCGGUGGUUUUAGCUUCACCCAGCGACAGUCCUCUGGUCUCCUUUCUGUAGUCAGCGUUACCUGGCGUUAGCAGAGCGGUACCACCGAGGAAACAAAGUUACCAACAAGACGCGAAGCAUAUCCAGAAGUGUUGGACCCACAAUGUUGAACCCAACCAAUGGGGACCCAGGUCAUGUUGUGGUGAAUUAUGCUGAGGAGUAUUUGGACCUAGUGGAGUCUUUGCCUUUCGACUUGCAGAGGAGCGUGUCUCUCAUGAGGGAAAUAGAUUCCAAGUACCAAGAGGCACUCAAGGAGCUUGAUGAUGCCUAUGAACGGUACCGCAGAGAGUUGGACUCGCUUCAAAGGCGCAACCUUCAGUUAUCCAUUCAGAGGGCGCUGAUCCGCAGCCAGGAGCUUGGAGACGAAAAGAUCCAGAUUGCGGGUCAAAUGCUGGAGUUGGUGGAGAACCGAACCCGAAAAAUAGAGUGGCUUUAUGAGCUUCUCCUCUCCUCUCAAGAAGUCCAAGAAAGUCAUGUUACACCAACGACCCCCGUUACAACCGCUUCCGCAUCCCGGAUGUCCUCUUUUUCAGCUCCGGUCACUCCAGGCAAAUCAGGCCACCAUGAAAAGAAACGAGACGAGGUCACUCCAGGCUCAGUCGGUGGAGACAAAGCCGGAGGGAAGCGCUCAAGGCGUCAGAAGAAUGGAGAAAACCGUGAAAGCUACGGGGGUCUGGAUCACUCAGAAGAAGUUGGGGCUUCUCGAGAAAAGAGAGCCAAAAUGUCCUCCAAGAAGAAGAAAAGAUCUAAAGGGAAGUCGGAGAGAGAAGUGUCACCUCCUGACCUGCCCAUAGAUCCAGAUGAGCCGACGUACUGCUUGUGUGAGCAGGUUUCCUUUGGAGAGAUGAUCGGCUGCGAUAACGACGAGUGUCCGAUUGAGUGGUUUCAUUUCUCCUGUGUUGGGCUCCAUCAUAAGCCCAAAGGAAAGUGGUACUGUCCCAAGUGUCGGGGUGAGAAUGAAAAGACCAUGGACAAAGCCCUGGAGAGGGCAAAAAAGGAGAGGGCUUAUAACAGGUAGCUCGCUCAGCUGGGCCCAAUAAACACUGAAUAGAAAGUUCUACCAUCUGUCUUUUUCAUUCAUAAUCAACUCUGUUAGAAAGUAUUCGGCUGAUGAAGAUAACCUGAAACAUAUUUUUGUAGCUGCUGCAGAUCUGAGAAAAAAGAUGUCUCCAUCUGGCUUUUAGUAUUUGUAAAAAUGUUAAUGGAAGAA